GCCCUCUUCUAAAACUUAACAUAUAUCUACACACGCUUUUACAAAAGAAAAUGUGUAUGGAUCACCUGUGUACAUAAUGAAGCCAAUACUCGCCUGGUGGAUACUUUCUUGUCUGAUAAGCCAGGUGUAUUUACACCUUACAAUGCAAGAUAUUGCACUCUUGGCUACAGAUAAGGAUCCAAAAUGUUUUACAAGGGAUUUAGAAACCUUCACUUGCUUUUGGGAAGCGCCUGUGGGAAAAUCAUUUUAUUUUUUCUAUAUCAUUGAUGGCCAAGAAGAAAUAAGGUGUGAUGUGAAACAACAGCUUUUUAAUGAGGAGCGAAAGAAGGUCCUAAAUAUUUGCGUCUUCCCACCUAGUGAUGUGUAUAUGUUUGUUGAGACACAGAUAAGAGUGAUCGAUAACGACACCAAUGCAACUGUCUAUACUCGCAAUGUCAAUGUGAAUGACCAGGUUAUAUGGUAUCCUCCCACAAAUAUAUCUCUUCAUCCAACUGGUGAGGUUGGGCAGAUGUUAGUUAAAUGGAAAUCACCUGAAGAACUGAGGGGAAAUUCGCAGUAUGAAAUUCGUUACCAUCCUAAAAUCAAACAGAAUAGCACAGAACUGGUGUCAGGUUCCUCCCAUAAGCUCACUUCCUUGGUUGCAGGAGAGAACUGCACCUUGCAAAUGAGAGUCAAGCCCAAUGGCCUUGGUCUACAUGGGUUUUGGAGUGAGUGGUCAAGUAAUGUAACUGCUAUGGUUCCACAGUCAACAGAUGACAUAAAUUUGCGGUGCCACACUCCUGAUCUGCAUCAAUUAUUAUGCAAAUGGAGUAACAACACAUAUGACGGCAGAUACAACCUCCAUUACAGACAAACAAACAGAAGUUCAUGGGGCAGUUGGAAGUUGUGUUCAGUAGAGCAUAACAAUAUUAGCCAGUGCAUCCUGUAUGGGGAGGAGUCCACCGUUUAUCAGAUUUAUCUCAGCGCUGAUUUGGAACCAUAUGGUCGAAUCUUUUACAUGAAGACGUUUAGUAUGAACAGCAGCGUCCAAACAGAUCCUCCAAGAAGACUGUGGGUACAAACUGAAGGAGGAAGGCUUUGUUUGAGUUGGGAACCACCACUUAUAAUGAUCGCUCAAUAUCUAAUGUAUCAGAUCCAGUAUCAGCUCCAGGGAGACAAUGAGUGGAAGAUAUUCACCGUAUCCAGUUCCAAGAACAGCACAUGUUUGGAUGUGCAACAGGGGAGCCAAUACAGCAUCCAGGUCAAAGCACGACCUGAUGGAUCGAUCUACAGGGGAUACUGGAGUGACUGGUCAGAACCUCUUACUGCUCACCUACCUUCAGGCAAAGAGUGGUUCUUCAUCAUCUGUGUGCCACUGGCUUUAAUCAUCAUUGCUUUUGCGAUCAUCUUCUUGUUCUCCAGAUACUUUAGCAAAAUCAAGCAGUCUCUGUGGCCAUCAGUCCCAAACCUAAACAAGGUUUUGGAAAGCUUUCUGACAGAUAUGAAUGGAUCAAACUGGGAGCCAACAUUCAACAUCAAGCAAUGUGAAGAUGACACUUGCACAUCGGUGGUGGAGAUUCUGUCAGAAGCUACGGUUACAGGAAAACCAUGCAAGGGGUCCACCAGUCUAUCGGUCCCUGAGCGAGGCUUUUUAAUUGUUGAUAAAAAUGGGGAGAGUUUUGUGGAGGAUCUGGAGAUUGCUCAAGAUUAUGUGAUUUUAAAAAACAACGAUACAAUCUCAUGCUUUAAGGGGAAUGACUAUAUCUACAGAGAUGUUGCUUUCACUCAUCUGGCUGUUGACAAACUAAACUGCUGCACUGAUAUCCAUCAUACCACUCUUCCAGAAUGCACCACCAACAUCCUCAACCAUUCCUAUCUUCUUCUGGCAGAACAGCCUGAGCAUCAAGAAUAUCACUCGGCGUGUCGCUACACAAACAUGGAGAUUACAGCGAUGGCUUGUGUAGGAAGCGGAGAGUGAGAAUGGUUUCAUUUGUGAUCAACUUAAGCAUUCAUUUGUACAUUAUGUACAUUUUGUACAUAGUUUUUGGUUAUGACUGACCCACAAAUUCAAAAAAACGUCAACUACUGCAGGUAGCGGCAGAAGUCUGGACUUGUACAGGACUUUGACCAUACAGAGCACUGUUAUGAUGACAGUAUCACAAGUAAUAGGUCAAGUACAGUAUGUAAGGAAUAAUUGAUGACGGGCCAUUGAAUUAUAAGAAAAUAAUGCACACCCAAGGUGCAAUGCGGCACGACGCGAAGCACCGCGGGUGUGCAUUAUUUUUAAAUAAUUCAAAGGACCGAAGUCAAUUAUUCCUCUUAUACCACGGUAACCACAAACAUUGCUCUGGUGCCUAUUUUUAAGACAUUUGACAAGUUAGGUGUGCGGUUAUCAGAAAUUAAUGCAUACCCACAGAACAUUUCUCAGCCAAUCAGAAUACAGCAUUCAACAGACCCGUGGUAUAAGUGGACAUUAUAAGUACAUUUGAGAUACAGGGUCCCAUUUAUAAAAUGCCUUACAAACGACAUUAAAUAGUACCUGUCAAUAUUUAAAUCCUUUAAGCAGCAAAAAUGGCUUAUUUUCCAAAAUCCGACAGUAAUCGGAGAAGCAAAAAUGCGUAUGUUUGCUCAGACCCUCACGUGAUGCUAAAGCAUUUUGUACGUCAAAAAGAUGCUUGCGCACGCGCUUUAUAAAUGAGGCCCCUGGUGUGUGAAACCCAUAUAAAGUAUUUUUGUUUUUUCUGUUUCCACAUAAAAUCAUGUAAACAUUGUAAGAAUAUAACCUUGAUAUCUUUAAUAUUGACUGAGUAAAUCCAUGGCUAACAUUAAACUCAAUGUGAGAUCAAUGAUUGAAAUCAAUCAGGGUAUCUUCCAUUCAUUCCAUAUCCGGUUUCAAAUCAAAAACGGAAAACAAAGAAACAAAUCGUAUUUUCAUUUAUCGUUUCUAUUCAUAAA